CGUGAUGAUGCGAGUUGUUAUAAAUGAUUCUUACGUUCUUUCAGAACUUGUAAUGGAAUAUAUACAUUAUUAUGUACAGUAAAGUUUAGUCCGUGUCAUUAAUCUAGUUCAGUUUAGGUGAAUAUCGACUCGUUUCAUUAGAAAUAUCGGAAUACACCUUUUGCUAUAUUUAGUGGACAAUAUCACACAGUGUUGUAUGCAGUCCAGUCAACGUUUAUGGGGCAUUCAGGAGAUACCAUUGAGAUGGCCGGUCACGCGGGGCAUGUGGCCACAAUACAGCGCAAUCCUACAAUGCCACUCUCCAAACGGGAGUCCUUGAUCUCAAAUGGGAGCCGCCUCUCCCUCCUUGCAACAGGAAGUGGCGCAACCAAUCACAUAUCAUCGCCGCCCACCGGAAAUGGUGCCGUCGGGAAUCAAAGACAUUGGGGGGAGAAGGAUUUCGUUAACACAAACACGGAAAUGGUGACCGGAAAAAAACGGACUACUAAAAAAGUGAAACGGACAGAUUCCUACAAACAAGCGCUCAACAGGGAAUCUGCUUCUGACUUGAUAAAUGACGGCCCAGAGAUUGUGUCGGAAACCAGGCACCGCAUAACUGAUGGUACUGUCCACGAGGACAGAAAAAAGUACAAUACUUUACCUAUAAAACCCGGUAACUCCCAGCCGCUUUUAGUGCCUAGUGUGGUCAAACAAAAACUCGUGAUUGGACGGUCAAGGACUAAAAAUGAGUUUGAGCGGAGCGCGUCUCAAAAGUCAGGGACGUACCCCUCGCCCGACACCGACGAUGAACAGAGGUCAACACGACUUGAUAAAAAGAAAAAGAGUAAGUUUACGCGGAUGAAGGAGAGACUUAUCCAUACCUUUAAAAAAGACAAAGAUAAAAAGAAGCCCUCCACAGGAAAGGGACAUGCGGCUCCUUCCCACAAAGUCAAACCGCAUCACUCGGACCAUAGUACAAAGGCGUUCAGUACACCAAGUGGUGGUAUAGAGGAGGUAGAAGACAUAACGUAUAGGAACAGCAGCUCUGAGAAAAGUCCUGGACUCUUGAAGAGAUUCCGGAACAGCUUCCGGGGGUCGAAAAAGGACAAAGACAGAACAAACAACACAUUUCCCCUGUCCCCUCAUCCGGAAGUCCCUUCCCCGCGGCCCCAUGGCACUGGCGCCAGUCCCGAGCAGGACACAGUGGACAGUCAAUUCCGGGAUAAUGAUUCUAUCACAGAACUGUUCGAAACUCUUAUCGAUCCUUCGAGACCACGCCCCGACAAGUCGAAGCUCAAACUUGAUCUCAGGCAUACAUUCAAGCCAGCUUGUCGUCAAAGAUAUACGGGUCACAACGCAGGCGAUAGAGCCAGGCACGCAGGCGAUAGAGCCGGGCACGGAGGAUGGAACGCACCUCUGACGCCAGAUGAAGUCGAAUGCGAUGGCUUAGAUUUCGCAGAUGGCCAUGCCUCCGGUGUGUCCGUGCCGCCGCCUCAGGAGGAGGAGUUUAUCACGGAGUUGAUGGAGGAUGCUGAGCGGCUGCGCGCGGUGGGUGAGGUCGCUAGCCGUCUGGGCGCCAUCGGGGACAGCAUGCUCGUCCGCCGGGAGAGCGAGUCAUCCGGAGAGGAACUACAAGGCCACUUGGUCGUUCCGCACCCCGGACUCCGCCGCCGCUCAAGUUUUGAGGAAUCUCUCAUACAAGAUCUGCGACAUUUUGCAGACAAUAGCGAUCUCUUCUCACAGCCCGACAGUCGGCCCCGGCUGACCCCUGGCAUUGUCCCGGUGAUCAAGGCGCUGGUGCUCGCGCAGGAUUAUAGCUGCUUCCGGCAGAUCAUUUCGCGGGAGAUCUCAAGUAACAUCGGCUGGGAACAGGUGGCGUGGUACACGUACCUAGUGCGAACGUCGAUGCUGGUGGCGGAUGCGGGCCGCUCUCUGGGCUCCAACGUGCACGGGUUCGCAACCCAGUACUUCCGGUCAACCAUCCAACCGUGGAUCCGCAACAGACCCAAUGGAUGGGAGUCCAUCCAUGAGGAGACGGACAUAAGUGAAUCGGAGGUUGAUUAGGCGGCUUCCCAGUAGCCAUUUUUUCCUCCAUACAUACCAUAGAGAAUCUCCCGGGGCCCCCAUCGGUAGACAUCACAACAAUCGUUACCACAUACGCAGAUGACCUCAUAUCCGGGGCCGUUCCACGACCCUAGUAUUGAUGGACGGGGCAAUCAAGUAGCGAUGUACUGCAUAGGUACCUUCUGUAAAGAUCGGAGCGCCAUUUGCAAAAACCAUCUGCAUAAAAAGACACACACCAAUGCCAAUAACUUACUGUUGCCGUGUGUGACACACGAACAAGUUAAUUUAUGUGCUAAUUCAUUCAAUGGUGCACACCUGAUUUUAACGAUAAGAUACGCAAUAGCUUUACCAUGAAAUUCUCUGAAGACAUAAAAUGUCGUUGAUACUGUUUAUUGUGCAUUGCUGCGACGCAAUCACUAAUAUUAACGAGUUACAGAACAGUACAUUCCCAUAAGCCCUGGUUUUUGUUGCGAUAUUAAGACUUGCACUAGAAACCACGGCGACAGCCAUGUUUCCGGGGGGAUCCCUCGCCACCCGUUAGACCACCUGACUCACUGUCACACGCCGGCUGUCAACGCGGACUGUUUAUGCCAGAUCGGGGCGUACUCUGUGGUUUUCCACAUGCUGAUAUCAUCUGUAUCGAUUAUCGCUGGGUUUAUCAUGACUAGUCAUUACAGAACGUGGUACAGUUUAAAUUUAAAUACGGUGGUGAAAUAGCUUUACUUGUGUCGAAGUUCUCGUUUUCUAUUACGCAUAUUCGUUUGAAAUCUUGAAGACAUGAGGUAGUAACGGCCUUCCAUGCCUGGGUGCACGUAUUGUUCAAAUAUUCGUCAUUGGGAUCUUAUUUUCAAGUGUUUACUACCUGAACAUUGUAACCUGAUCAGUGUGACAUCUGAUGUAACUAAUAUCGUCUUAUCUGGGUUUUAUACAAACAUACCAAACUUAUGUCAUAAGACGAUUGUCUUGUUUUCGCUUUUAUCAAGACAACGGAUUCCCAUUUACUGAUCUCAUUGUGAAUUAAUACUGUUCAACGAAUUUAUCUCAAUGUGUCGUGUGAACUAUUAAUCAUUAUUGCUCACACAUUGUCUACUCUAUAGUACAGUUUAUAAAAUGUUCAGGCGUAAACUGUUGUGUUUGUUUCCAAUUUUACUGCCAAUAAAUGUAGAUUAAGUAGGUUCGGGAUUUUUUAUUUUUUAUAUUUGGUAACGUUAUGUGUUAAUACCAUUUUCAUUCCAAAAACUAUCUCAAUAUCCAGGAAACUAUUGGGAACUUAUCUUCAGAACGAAAGAAAAACAACCCAGUCCGCUGGCCAUAAAUAAUAGGGUCGGGUGAAGACAAAUAAUGAAGGUCAGGAAUCCGGAAACAAACACACUUUUGUUUCGCCUUAUGCUCACUUUGUACACGUCAUAUCAUGCAGUCAUAUUACAGCCUGGAUGGUACCUGUUAUAUUUAUAACUAGCUAUAAUAUGCAUAAUUGUUCGGCUGGUAUGUUCUCGCAUUCUCUGUGAUAUCAUUUCUACAUUGUAUAUAUUGACACCAAGUGUAUGUUCAGUUUCGUUGCAAUAUUGUCAUGAUUCAAUUAUUUUGUGAUAAAUAAAAUGUAUUAUGCACUU